GUUGUUAUAUCUUCUGUGCAAAAAACUCAAUUCUAAUAACGAGCAAUAUGUCAUCCAGCACUUACACGCUCUUCGACAUCCCAACUAAAGCACCACAGGUGUGCUGGUCGAUGAACAUAUGGAGGACCAGGUUGCUUUUGAACUAUAAGGGCCUUGACUACAAGACCGAAUGGGUCGAAUAUCCUGACAUUGGCCCGAGACUUAUUCAGCAUGUCCCACCGAAUGAAAGAGGACCCAAAUUUACGCUCCCAGCUAUACAAAUGCCUGAUGACUCUUACGUGAUGGACUCAUACAAGAUUGCCGACAUCAUCGAGGAGAAGUACCCAGAACCAAAGGUGCUUUUGAACACGCCAGUGCAGGCUAGAUUCAGAAAUAGCAUGAUAAAAUUCAUGGAAGAGCUCACGCCAAUAUACGUCCCAGGAGUAGCGCAGAAGAUCCUAGGCGAGGAGAGCCUCGACUUCUUUCAUACAACCCGGCAGGAGGACGUGGGCAUGCCGUUGUAUGACUACGGGAAACAGAAUUCUCCUGGAGCCUUUGAAAGAGCCGAACCAUUUGCGCGGGAGAUAACGGCGCUGCUGAACGAGACUUCAGGGCCUUACUUUUUGGGCGAUACUGUCAGCUACGCUGAUUUUAUGUGGGCGGGUAUUUUGCUUUUCUUCAAGUGCCUCGGCACGGAAGAGUAUCAACAAGUGUUGAAGGGAACAGGUGAUGCUGCGGCGCACACCAGGUUUCUGGAUGCACUGAGCCCAUGGACAGAGAAAAAUGAUUAGAAGUCAAUUAGUGCGAGGCCAUCUGAAGCAGCUGGGUUGACAUGACCCUGGUUGAUGAAUAAUGAAGAGAGGCAUGUAUCCG